CUAAUCUUAAAGAAAUUCCUUUUUUUGUCAUAUCAUUUACUUUCUAUAGAUUUAGAAAUUCAAAUAACAUCAGACUGACUUGUGCUGUUAAUCAAUUGCAGGCACGAGUAUGUCAUCACGUGAUAGAACACGUAUCCCAAAAUACGCUCUGUAUUUUUUUCUUGUUUCGAAACAAGUGGGGGUGGCCAAGACAGCCAUCGUCCACGAGGGAUUUAAUCAUAAAAUCAGAAAAGGGGAGUACGUACGUCUUUAUUGGGCACUUGAGCAUAACGUUGUUGCCCGCAUCGUCGAACUAAGUGAGCAAGAACACAUUCUGAGAACAGCAGAAAGAGAAAUUCUCAAAAAUGGCAUAGAAACACUGGAACACACGACAUGGAAAAUCUUAAUGCCUUAUCCUGCAUAACCCCUCCCCCGAAUACAAUUGAGAGAGUCCCAGAAACACCUGAGGAAACAUCUCCGUUUGUGCUGCCGGAUUUGGCUUCCUUCAUGCAGACACCAACAAUGAGGGAAUUCAAAGACCGGCUCACAACCUUGGAAAAUAAAGUUGAACGGCUGCUAACCGGUCAAACACAAUGUCUGGGAAUUCUGCAAGCAAUGCAGCAAAGAAUGGACGAAUUUCUUACAAACCGAGAUGAAGUAGUACAACAACAAGCGGAACAACAAGAAAUUCUAAUGCAACAAGAAAAUCAUGCAGUACAACAAGAAAAUCCAGUGCAACCAUUGGUACAUCCGCAGCAACAGCAGCUACAACUACUCCAGCCAACGCAACAACCCGCGAGAGAUGUGCAAGAUCAGAUGAUCCCUUUUGUGAACACGUCACUYUUUGGUCUUCCGCCACUCUCCGGAGCUUUCCAUCUUCCCCAUCUGACUCUGCCAACGUUGAACUUCAACCAUCCUCCACCAUCCUCUAUACCAAGUGAYGAGGMAAUCGAAGCASUACGCCUAAAGCUUCCARAUAACARAUYUGCUUUCKCUGUGAAGCUCCUAAGGCUGAUGUACUCUUGCAAAGAAGAACUUUCAAAUUGCACUGUGAAUGGCGGAAAGGGGARACGAUGCGUAAAUGCAGACGCUCUGGCGUAUAUUGAAAACAAGGUGUUUUCACUAUAUCCCACGGAGGACAGGAGCAGAGAGUGGAAGAUCUGCAUAAAUAAAAUCAAUUCCCAUCUCAGAAAAUAUUGUAAGUAA